UCUCCCCAUCGGCGCCUCCCCACGUCGCCUCCGCUUCUCCCCAUGCCUCUUCUCGACCUCCACUGCCUUUGCUGGUGCCAUCCCCGCCAUCGCAUGUCCUUUCACCACAUCUAGCAAAACUUGAUCAUCUGAUUGGAGGAGUUUUUUCGGAGAGAGGGCUUGAUCGGAGGAGUUCUUUGUGAUCAGAGGAGUUCUUUGUGAGUGUUUUGAGGUUUGGAGCCGAAAAGGCGAGAUUUCACUGCUUGUCUUGGGGUUCCGUUUGAUUCUUUGUCUGAGGGAUCUUGUAUUGUGAAGUAAAAAGGCAUGUUUAGUGGGUCAAGCACUUGAAAUCAACUAUUUCCGAGUGAGAAACUAUUUGGAGGUAUAACAUGUCUUCUUGGGAUGCCUACAUUAUUAAAUAUCAUCAUGGAGGGACACUAUUAAAAGAAGGACAUGUAAUCUAUGUUAAUGGGGCAGUAAAUGAGUUUGUUGUAGAUCCAGAUAAGCUAUGCUAUUGGGAUUUGCUAGGGGAUGUGAAGAAAAUAGGAUAUGAUAUUGAGAAGGAGGUGAACUUGUCAUUUAUAGAUGGUGAGGGGACAAUAAAUUCAAUCUGUGAUGAUCAAAGUUUGGUAGGUUUAGCCAAACAUCUAAGCAAACAAAGGAUUGUAGACAUUUAUGUUGAAACUACAAAGCUUAGGCACUGCAAGGAACUGCCAGGAGUUGUACUUUGUAAUAUUGGUGGUGAUGUGGAAAAGCAUGGUCAGAAGGUUAAUGAUAUUGAUAGUGAUUCCAGCACAGAUCAUGAUGAAAGGUUAGCAUCAGUCCCUUUUAUAGAUUACAAUUCAGACAAGGAUGAGGAAAUUGAAGAAGCCAGGGAUAAGGUUCUGAGAUAUGCUAAGAUGAAGAAGAAAUGCAUGGAAGAUAAUGAUGUUCAUGAUACUAAUGAGCAAGGAGAUGGGGGACAACACAAUAAUGCUGAAGAAGGUCCCAAUCUUGAUACGUAUAAUUUGGUAGACCCCCUUAUUGGCUGUGGGAAAGUUAUGGGCUAUGACAGUGACUAUUUUGUCUCAUCAGACCCAGGUAGCUAUGAAGAUACUAGUCAAGAGUCAGAUGCAGAUGAUGCCAAUAGACACAAGUCAAAAGACAUUUACUAUGACCCCAAUGCCCCACUAGAAGAUUUCUACCUGGAUCUAAGGUUUGAUGAUUUAAAAUUAUUUAAGCGUGAGCUAGUUGAUUUUUCAUUGAGGAAAGGGUUUGAAUUUCAAUAUUUAAAAAAUGAUGGAGUAAGGGUGAGGGUCAGAUGUGCUGCAAAAGGCUGCAAAUGGUUGAUUUUUUGCUCAUGGUGUAGUAGAAGAAAAAUGUAUGUUGUGAAAACUUAUGUUCGGGAACAUUCAUGUUUUGUUGGGACAUCGAAAAAUAAGAGGGUAACAGGGAGUGUGAUUGCAAGGAGAUAUUUUGAUGUAAUAAAUGGUAUGCCAUGCAUAAGGCCCAGACACUUAAGAGCUUUGUUAAGAAAAGAUCUGGGUGUGUUUAUAUCUACUAAGGUUUGCAGAAAUGCGAAGGCAAUGGUUCUGAAGAAAAUGGAAAAACAAUAUCAGGAUGAGUUCUUGGUAUUGAACAAUUAUAUUCUUGAGCUUAAAGAAGCUAAUCCCGGGAGCACAGUUUCUGCUGUGGCUGAAAGAAAAAAUGGAGUAGACUUGCCUGUGUUUCAAAAGAUCUACAUCUGCAUAUCAGCAAUUAAAGAGGGGUUUUCAGCUGGCUGUAGGAAAAUUGUUGGCCUUGAUGGGUGUUUCUUAAAGGGCUUAGUGAAGGGGCAGCUACUAGUGGCAGUGGGAAGGGAUGGGAACAACCAAAUGUUCCCUAUUGCUUGGGCUGUAGUUGAAAAAGAGACAACUGAGAGCUGGGAUUGGUUCAUACAACAUUUGCAAGCUGAUCUACAAAUAGGGGAUGGCCUUGGGUGGGCACUCAUUAGUGAUAUGCAAAAGGGGCUCAUCGAUGCAGUGAGAGACCUUUUGCCAUUAAUUGAGCAUAGGAUGUGUGCUAGGCACAUAUAUGCAAGGUGGGGCAAGAGGAACCCCGGGAAAGAAAUUCAGCUCCAAUUUUGGAAUACAGCUAGAUCUACAAAUAAGGUUGAGAUGUUGAUGCAUUUAGACAGGAUGAGAAAUUUAAAAGGAGGAACCAUUGCUGCAGAGGAUCUAUUAGAGAAUUGGCCCAUUGAAGGAUGGUGCCAAGCAUUUUUCAAUGAUGUGGUGAAGUGUGAAGUGAUAGACAAUAACAUGUGCGAAACCUUCAACGGUGUCCUGCUAGAAGCUAGACAUAAACCAAUUGUUAGUAUGCUUGAAGACAUUAGACAGUAUGUUAUGAGCAGGAUAGUUGUAAAAAGAGAUAAUGUUGUAAAAUGGAAGAGUUCUUGUGGGCCAAACAUAAUUGCAAAGAUUGAAAAAGAAAGAGCAAAAAGUGGAAAAUGGCAGGUGGAGUGGAAUGGGGGGGCAAGGCAUGAGGUAUUUUGGGACAACUUGGUGCUACAUGGGAGAGAAAGUUAUGUUGUUCAGCUAAGGACCUAUAAUUGCUCUUGCGGGAAAUGGGACAAGACUGGAAUCCCCUACCAGCAUGCACUUGCAGCACUUGCAUUCCAAGGUUCUGAUCCACUUGAUUAUAUAGCUGACUGGUUUAGGAAAGAUAUAUAUCUCAAAGCAUAUGAACAUCUUAUCAAUCCAUUGAGAGGCAAAUCAUUUUGGCCAACAAGUGCAGAGGGUCCAAUGCUUCCACCUAUGGUGAGGAGAAUGCCGGGAAGACCUGUUAAGAAGAGGAGAAGGGAACCGAUGGAACCCAAAAAUAGAAGCCAAACAAAACUUUCAGGACAAUGCAGGGUAAUGAGAUGUAGCAUUUGCAAUGUUCAAGGCCAUAACAAGGCUAGGUGCUCACAAAAGGCUAAUAUAGUUGAAAAUCCCCAGAUUGACUUGCAAGCUGAUACAGUUCCUCCAGGAAAUAAAGCCAAAUCAAGUGAGAAGAGAAAAAGCAUGGCAAAGAGUACAACUGCUUAUGGUCCUAUGAAUACCUUCAGAAGUUACAAUGGUCAUAUGAUUCUUGGGAGGGAAGUAACACAUGGAUCUUCAUUCAUUACUAGCAGUGAGUUGCAGGAAUUAAGAAAUAGAAGAUUAAGGCCAACAGGAGAACAGAACAUUGAAUCAAGGCAGCAAACCUCUUCAAUUGUGGGCAUCCCAGUCUUUUCAACACAGGAUAGCACAACAAAUGCUACAAUUGGACAAACUAAUGUAGAUGGAUGUUAAGAACUAGUUGUGUGAAAGACUUUUUGUGAGCUAGUGUUUUUAUUUUUUGGUUAUGUUCCAAACUUAAGUAACGAAUUAUUAGAACUCUGUUUUUGUGAAUAUCCCAUGCAAGGUUGGGUCUUGUUUUGUUAAAUGCAGGGUAUGAUG